GAGUUCCGGUUGGAUGUGUUAUAAGAUCUUAUCAUGAGACCAGAUCGCUGGCCAAUCCCAUCUCUCUCUCUCUCUCUCUCUCUCUCUCUUUCUCUUCCUCAGGGAUCAUUGAGCUCGGGUUUCCUGCUUUCCCUUCUGCAGCUUCUCAACUCUGGCAUAGUUUUGCUCUUUGUGUGCAUUGCAUGAACAAAUAUCCAAUUCGAAUUCAUAUUUUUAAUUCUUGACUUUAUUAGAAUAUCAGGUUGUUUUUUAUGGGUGAAUAUUAAUCAGUAACUGGAGUGCUAAGUGAUGUGUUUUUGUUGUUUUUUUUAACGUGAAAUAGUUACAGAGAGAAGAAGAGGAGGAAGAAGAAGAAGAAGAAAAGUGAAGCACCUGUCCCACAUGCAUUGGCAGGACACAGCUGGGCACUUCAGGGUUAAAGAUCUUUUGGGAGGCACCGUGGCGACGUUGGGAUUAAAAAUGGCCUGGUGGAUUAUCUGAGCGUGAAGAGGUGGUGGAGACAGAGGUGGAAGUGAUGACGACGACGAUGAUGAUGAAGGCUGACAGCAUACAGAAGGAGAUGGACGAGAGGAACCUACGCCCCCGUCUGUGCUACCUGACCAAAGGCGAGUGCGGUUACGGCUUCCACCUGCACGGAGAGCGCAGCAGCGGCGCGCAGUUCAUCCGCAGGAUCGAGGCGGGAUCUCCGGCAGAGCUGGCAGGACUUCGUUCUGGGGACCGCGUGGUGGAGGUGAACGGAGAAAACGUGGAGAAGGAGUCACACCAGCAGGUGGUUCAGAAGAUCAUGGAGGUGGAGAACAGGACGAGGCUCUUGGUGGUGGAUCGAGAAACAGACGAGUUUCUGCUCCACCACUCUCUGCCCUGCACUGAGGACAUUGCUGUGGAGAUGAGCUGCCUCCUCUCCCCUCGUACCCCCUCAUCUUCCCUCGCUUCUUCCACCCUGAGCUUCUCCUCAUCGUCGCGUGACUCCCUCACUCCAUCGCCACCAGGAUCCAUCAUUUUAUCACCGCAAGACUUUACCACUCACUCACUCACUGACUCCAUUACUCCAUCACUACCACCCAAAUCCAUCACUUUAACACCACUGGACUCCAUUGCUCCAUUACCCAGUGACUCCACUAUUCCAUCACCACAAAACUCCACACCACCACCACCACCACCACGCAAACCGGACGCUCCAUCGCCAGGAGACUCGCUCACUCAGUCACCACGCAACUCCAUUAAUCAAUCACCACAUGACUCCAUCAUUCCAUCAAUGUCCAAUUCCGUUACUCAAUCACCCUAUGACUCCAUCACUCAAUCGCCCUAUGACUCCAUUACUCAAUCACCCUCUAAUUCUAUCACUCCACCACCCUCCAACUCCAUCACUCAAUCACCCUCUAAUUCUAUCACUCCACCACCCUCCAACUCCAUCACUCCAUCACCAUCCAACUCUAUCACCCCAUCACCCUAUGACUCCAUUACUCAGUCACCCUAUGAUGCCAUUAUUCAAUCACCAUCCAACUCCAUUACUCAAUCACCCUAUGACUCCAUCACUCGAUCACCAUCCGACCCUACCACUACUCAUUUCAGCCAGGAAAACUCCAACGAAACCCAUAUAACGGACAUCAUCAUCACCAACAACAACAAGGAGACAUCAGGAACGGAGGACAUGGUGAUGCAUGACCUGAGGCCGCGGCUGUGUCACAUAGUGAAGAACGAGCAGGGUUUCGGCUUUAACCUGCACUGUGAUAAGCGGCGUGCGGGUCAGUUCAUCCGCUCGGUCGACCCGAAUUCACCGGCGCAGAGAGCGGGACUACAGCCCAGAGACAGACUCAUCCAGGUGAACGGAAGAAGCAUUGAAGGUCUGAGGCACUCGGAGGUGGUGGAGAUAAUCCAAGGUGGAGGAGGAGAGACCAAGCUGUUGGUGGUGGAUCCGGAAACGGAUGCUCUGUUUCAGAAACUCGGCAUCACUCCAACUACAGCGCACCUUAAUGAGGACUGCGUGGACGGUCCACUCAUAAAGAGUCCAACCUCAACCUGUCCAAUCACAGACAGCUCUGCGUCUCCGACACAAAUUCCCAACGGCCUGCAGGUCCAACCGCCAGUCACGAACCUCACUCUGACGGAUCCACCAACCAGAAACGGCUCUCUGAAGCACCAGAGUCACGGAAGCUCCGCCUCCUCCAGGUCCAUCACUUCAGAGAUGAGCGUGGAGCUGAGCAGCUCUGAUACCACCAACAAGGUGUUGGAUCCAGAGCAGCGUAAGUGUAACAGCGCCCCCGGUGUGCAGGAGGUACCGGUGAUAAAGGAUUUGGACCCGUUGUGGGCGAGCGGCCUGCACCUGAGCCCCACGGCAGCCGAAGCCAGGCAGAAGGUCCAGGCGAAGAAGGGCAACAAGAGAGCGCCCCCUAUGGCCUGGAACAAGAAAUACGAGCUCUUUAGUAACUUCUGAGCUGUUCAGUUGUUCAAAACAAAAAACAAAACAAAACAGAUCCUUAAAUAUUUUACCUGGGGACAAGGAAAAGGGGAAGGAGAAUACUACAAUAUUAAUUUGAAAAGUAAGAGUGUAAAGGUGAAGAAGUGAAAGUAAAAAGCUGAGAUUGGAAACUGAAGGUGAAUGAAAAAAGGGAAUCAGACAUCAGGAUGUAGUAGUGAGCAAGAAAUCCAGGUGUUUACUGACGUGACUGACAAUGAUAUAAAAACACAUUAUAUGAGGGAGAGAGAGAGAGAAAGUUGUAAGCCGCAUUAAUUCAUUUAAAAUUCAAAAGUGAAAUCAAAAAUACUCCAAUCCUCCCUGAACUUCUCUUACUUUCCUUGUUCAGGAGUUUUUGGGAAAGUCGUGUUAGCUGUCAGGAUCCGUGAGUUUCAUCACAGAAGACGAGCCAUUUUAUUACAGAUAUAUAGAAAUAAAUUAAUACGGUUAGAAAGCACUGGAUUGGGAUCUGCUGCUAAAUAUUAUAUUUGAUAGUUUUAAAUCUAUACUGCCUUUCAGAUUUUUCAAGUGUAGGUCAUAAACAGAAUUUUCCCCGACACUUGAUUAUUUUUGUUUCGUGACCGAAAGCUACUGAAUUCGAAUCACAGACUUCCAAUUUUAUUAGUUUUUUUUAAAUAGAACAAUGAAUGAAUUUAAGGCCACGUGGCUCUAUUUUUUCCUGCUUCACCAUGACGCAAUACAAGAUACUCCAUCAUGCAUCACAUCACGUGGUGGGCUUUCCCCGUUUGCGCAAGGCAUUGUGGGAUACAAAUUUGAAACAGGAGAGAAAAAUGGAGGACGUGAGUGGGCGAACGAAACGUGAAAGACCGACUACAGUACCGGAAAGAAAGUGAGAAGAAGACGUUAUGUUAUAUACGAAGGAAAGGGAACGCAGGAAAUAUCAAGCUAAUAAAUAUCGGCGCUCAGCGAGCACCUCGGUGUGAUCAGCUGUUCGUUUAGCGACAGAAUGAUGGAACUGUCAGUGCACGCUCAAAGGGAAACCUGCGCAACACACACACACGGACUUCCUCUGUCUGCUUGACUGCGCGAAGCGAGCGAUUUCAUGCACGUUAUUUGCUUUAAUCGCCUCAAAUUAAAUAACUUCCCAGCCACAGAAUGGCCUGAUAUUUUGUGAGAUAUUACAGAGAUAAACCUAUAUCACAAUGACCACAUUUCAGACGGAACUAAAUUUCACUGAUUUUAUGAAAUCAAAAGGCCGACCAGCUUUAAAAAAAUGUAUUUCAAACUUCGAAAGUGGCAUGUAAAUGUAAUCACUUUGCGUCACAGACUUGCGUCAUUUAUCUACACCAAGUCACAUAAAAUACUUUGUUUUAAAAUUGAUAAAAUAAAUCACAAUCCCACCUUCCCUUUGAAUAGUUUUAGACCAAACUUCGGAGCAUCUUUACUGCUUUUUUUUUUUAGGAACAGCAUUUUUCUUUCUUUCAUCAUUUGUAAUUCUUCCUCACUUACGGUGACGAAGCGAUCGGCCACCAUUUUGCCGAGUCGCAUGAGGUGAUAAUCGAGAAAUAGUCCGAAUCUUUCGGCCAAUCAGAGUGAGCAAUUUUCUAUGAUCAGCUGCCUAUUUAUACUAAACAGUAUUCAGGACACAACCCCAGCAUCCCCAGUGUCAGUUAUAUCAGUGGUUAUAAAUGAUUCAUAAUCAGAAUAAAAGGAUCGAAUAAUAA